CGGUGAGCCCGUCCGUCCCCGCGCCGUGCGCUCCUCCGUCUGGGCCAUGGAUGGCGGGGAUCUGAUGAGCUUCUUUCUUCUGGUGUUAUUAACGGACCUUUUACCAUGAACAAUUCUACUCCUACAGAUAAUUGAAGGAGGAUUCUGGGAAUAGUGGAGUAAGAAGCACCAGGAAUCUGACUCCCUACAUAGACAACAAUUGCACUGACAGACUCUUUCUGUAAUUUGGAAAUCUGGAGUUUAUUGAAAGCUUGCAAGUUGUUCCAGAGGAAGACUUAGAAGCUAAUGGGAAUGACAACAAGAAAUUUAAAGGAGAUAGACCUCCCUGUUCGCCUUCCCGUGUUCUUCAUCUUCGCAAAAUUCCAAGUGAUGUCACCGAAGCAGAGGUCAUAUCAUUAGGUCUACCAUUUGGCAAAGUCACUAAUCUUUUGAUGUUGAAAGGAAAAAGCCAGGCUUUCUUAGAAAUGGCUUCUGAGGAAGCUGCUGUUACUAUGGUGAAUUAUUACACUCCUGUUACUCCUCACCUUCGAAGCCAGCCUGUUUUUAUUCAGUAUUCCAAUCACAGAGAACUUAAGACUGACAAUCUACCUAAUCAAGCUAGAGCCCAAGCUGCACUGCAGGCUGUCAGUGCUGUCCAGUCGGGAAGUCUGGCCCUUCCUGGAGCUCCUACCAAUGAAGGCACAAUCCUACCUGGGCAGAGCCCUGUGCUCCGAAUAAUUAUUGAAAACCUCUUUUACCCUGUUACUCUGGAAGUUCUUCAUCAGAUAUUUUCUAAAUUUGGCACAGUCUUGAAGAUUAUCACCUUUACAAAGAAUAAUCAGUUUCAAGCCUUGCUUCAGUAUGCUGACCCAGUGAAUGCACAUUAUGCCAAAAUGGCUCUGGAUGGCCAGAAUAUCUAUAAUGCAUGCUGCACUCUGCGUAUUGACUUCUCCAAGCUCACCAGCCUUAAUGUGAAAUAUAAUAAUGACAAAAGCAGAGACUUCACUCGUUUAGACCUUCCUACUGGUGAUGGCCAGCCAUCCCUUGAACCCCCUAUGGCUGCUGCUUUUGGUGCACCAGGUAUAAUUUCUUCACCCUAUGCAGGGGCUGCUGGAUUUGCCCCAGCCAUUGGAUUUCAUCAAGCUACAGGAAUAUCAGUCCCAGCUGUUCCUGGAGCUCUGGGCCCUCUCACAAUCACCUCCUCUGCUGUCACUGGAAGGAUGGCCAUUCCUGGGGCUGGUGGUUUACCAGGAAAUUCUGUUCUGCUUGUCACCAAUCUGAAUCCUGAUCUUAUCACACCACAUGGGCUUUUUAUCCUAUUUGGAGUGUAUGGUGAUGUACAUCGAGUGAAGAUUAUGUUUAAUAAGAAAGAAAAUGCCUUGGUUCAGAUGGCAGAUGCAAAUCAAGCUCAGCUAGCAAUGAACCACCUGAGUGGUCAGAGACUUUAUGGAAAAGUACUUCGUGCUACACUGUCCAAACAUCAGGCAGUUCAGCUUCCUCGAGAGGGACAAGAAGAUCAAGGCCUGACUAAGGAUUUUAGCAAUAGUCCUUUGCAUCGCUUUAAAAAACCUGGCUCUAAAAACUUCCAGAAUAUCUUUCCACCAUCAGCUACUCUGCAUCUUUCCAACAUCCCCCCUUCUGUAACAGUGGAUGAUCUGAAGAACCUUUUCACAGAAGCGGGAUGUUCAGUGAAGGCUUUUAAAUUCUUUCAGAAAGAUCGCAAAAUGGCACUCAUUCAGUUGGGUUCUGUGGAAGAAGCAAUCCAGGCCCUCAUUGAGCUUCAUAACCAUGACCUUGGAGAAAAUCACCACCUCAGAGUUUCCUUCUCAAAAUCUACAAUCUGAUUUUUUUCUGUGAAUUUUUCUCCUAAGACUGGACCAUAAUUUCAGUAAAACCUUCAGACAUAGACUGAAGCAGCUCAAGACCAAUUCUGCCUCUUUCACAAAAGUAACUCUGGUUUGAUAUUCAAGUAUAUUCAGAAAAUCAAGGGAUGUUCUUUUUUUCCAUUUUUUCCCCUUGCCAGUAUGUGAUCAAAGGUUUGUUUUUCCUUUGUACCAUAGUUUCUAUGAAAAUAACCUUCAGGAAAAAAAAAUCAGGAAAAGAAUUUUUUUUCAAUAAUUUAAUUCCCUAUAUUAAAUUGGAUUUCAAGAGGACAGACUUUUAGUUUGGGUCCAGAUCAGCCUUAUACAACAUUUCUAAAAUCCUUUGUACUUUGGAAAAAUUUAAACAUCUAGACUUUUAAAAUUACCUAUAACCAGAUUUUUAACUUUAUGGUUUAGAAGUUCAACCCCUGUAGGAAAUUAUGUUCACUUAUAAAUUAUAUUGAUUAUUUGGCAUAUAUUGAUAGGUAUUAUAUAUAAACAAAUUGGGUUGAAUUGGAAGAAAAUUUAUAAACAUGCAUGUUUUCCUUCAAUGGUUUCUUUUUUUCACUAUAAGACACUCCUUUGAAUAAUAUGUACCUUUAAUUUUUUAAGAGUAUUUGGAGAAAUAAAGUGUCUCAAUUGUCCCCAAAGAAAUUAAAUGGAAUCCAAGAUCUAUUGAGGUGUCAAAAUAAUUAUUAAUUUUAUUAGUAAACAUCAUGGUUUCAAUUUCAAAAUGACACUAUUUGCUGAGUAAUAUGAUCUUGGAAAUUUAAAAAGAAAAAUAAUCUUACUUAUAAACUACUUUUUUAUAAUUGUUUUCAGAAAAAAAGUUUACAGUCUUAAGGAAAAUAUUCAGGUCUAUCAUAUGGUUUGACAGAUUUUUUAAAAGUUAUUUUUGGUAAGGUCUUCUUUUAGAAAAAAAUAAUCUCAAGGGUUUUUUGUACCACUAUAAUCUCUAAUACCUAUUCAGAAUUACUGUGUAUUUACUUAAUUUCUUAUUAUGUGCCUUAUUAUGUGCUUAUGAUACAAUAGGUUAGAAUUUUAUCUAAGUAUUUUGAAAGCUAUAUUGUGGGCUUGGUAAGCAUUUUGUUUUUUCUUUCCCUGUUUUGGUAAGGAUUUUAAAGUUUUUUCAUUGCAAUUUUAAGUGGUUUUCAAUAAGUAAUAGUUUUUAUUCAAAUUUUUGGUGCUUUGGUGCAGAGAUGGGGUGGGGGAGGGUGAAUGAUUUGGGGAAUAACUCCGUGCACACCUGUCGGCCUCUUCAUGUUGUGACCAAUAGCGGUCCUGCAGUCAUUGACAGUUAGUUAAAGCAUACCAGUUUGGGACUAUAAGAUGCAAUCUCAAUUUCUGGAUCUUGUCUAACCUUUAUCACCCAUUAGAACUUGUCUCAGGAUUACUUGAUUUUUCUCAAUACUCAAGUGAGAUACUUUUAUUUGUUAAUAUAACUUCGUUACUGAGUGCUCACAUACAGGGAGUAUGACAAGGUGGGGUCCUUUUUCAUACUCUGUCCCUCUCUAUGUCUGAGUGUUAGAAUACGUUUUAAUGUUGCUUCAGUGAUUCUAUAAUGUAAAAUUAUUUCUUUUUAAUGAGAAACUUUGCAUUUGUUAAUUAUUUUUUUCAAUGGUUGAGCAGAUUUUUUAAAGAAUUUGUCAAAGGGGUCACUUUUGUCCAUCCCUUUUACACUUUUCAGAUUCUCAGAGUAGCUCAUCUCACCUUUAAAAAGAAUAUCUCAAUCUCUUUGCUAUGUUCCAGCCAUUAAUUUGAACGUUGGAAGAUUUUUAUAAAAAGUUGGAGACUACAGAAGAUACAAUAGGUUAUUAAAAAGCAGAAUUUACUCAAUACUGAGCAGCAGAUAUAGUUUGUAGAUAGGAUAAGAAGGAGGACACUAAAUUGAAACCUUUCAGAUGAAUCCAUUUUAGCAUUGACUGAAUAGAUAGGUAAUCAUUUAUAUAGUUUUUAUUUUUUCACUUAAUGUGAUUUUACUGAAACACUUGAGUAAGGGGAGGAGGAAGAAAACCAAAAAAAAAAAAAUUUUUUUUUUUUUUUUUUUAGAAAUCUCCCAAAAUUUGAUUCUUUUAUCCUAGCCUAUAGGCACUAUUAUAAUUGUCAGUGAUACAUUAAGUUGGAUUGUUUUGUUUGCUUUGAGUUAGGAAUUACUGUGUGAUUUCAAUUGAUGAUUUUCAUAACAUUCAGUGUCAAUGUAGCAGAAGGGAGAUCAUAAUAGCAUUGAAUGUAAUUUUGAAGUAGGGAAUGGCCUUUAAAUCUGAGAACAUUUGAAACCUUUUCAGGGAGAGAGAGAGAGUGUGUGUGUGUGUGUGUGUGUGUGUGUGUGUGUGUGUGUGUAGAUAAGUAUAUAUACAUACAUGCACUCUUCUAAUGUUGUACAUACAUAUGCACAGUACAUACAUUUUAAUUUAUUGACAAAAUCAAAUUAAGAUUUGGAAAAGUGAGAUAUUCUUAUCUAAAAUAGUAUGCUUGAAAUCAUCAAUUUGUGUCUGAAAUUAGCUGUAGUGCAUGGAUAUUGUCCAUAUUGGGUUAUUUGCUGUUUGAAUUAUAGAGGUCUACAGUAUUUGUUUUGGCAUAGUUUCUGUAGAAAGAUUUAAAAAUAUCAGGGUAGUGGAAAAACUAGAUCUUUAUACUUUUGUUUUGGCAUGCAUUUAUUCAAUAUCUUCUGAACAAUGUUUAAUUUUGCUGUUGAGCUGUCAUAGUAUCCUAUUUUUAAGUUUACUUUAUUUUAAGUAUUGUAUCACUUUUUUGAAGUGUCUUGACUUUUACACAAAGUAUAUAUAUUCAGGUCUUCAAAAAAUAGCAGUACACAUUCAGCAGUAGCAGUUUAUGCCAAAAAGUUUUACUUUGGGAUUUAAAUAACUUGCAUAACAAUAGAAUGUGUUUUGUGUGAGGUACAAAUAGAAAAAUGACCCAGUAUCUUAAUCAAUAACUUUUUUUUCUUAAUCGAUAACUUUACUGCAGAGUAUCAGAAUUCCCAGUAGCUCCUGCAUAAUGCCAUAAAUUCUUUAAGACUAGAUAUUGUAAUCAGUUAUUUUUACUAAUAUUUCUGACUCUGUUAUUAAAAGUUGCAGAUCUCACAAUAUUUAGAGACACAAUUUCUGCCUGCUUAAUUCCUUAUGGGAGCAAUGCCUUUUUUGUCUGCACCUAGGAUGGUUAUCAUUGGUUCUGUUUCAGAGGAUAAAAAGUUAACUAAUAAAUGUCUUUGUUCAUCUUCAUUACAAACUUUUCAAAACUUCCAUGUCAUUAGGCAAUGAAAUUUAUAUUGUGAAUGUAUUAUCAUAUAACUUCUGUUCCCACUAAAUAUUUUUGGACAAACUCAAAAGUAUGUGUUUUCCCCCCCCAGUGAUUCACUUAAAAACUGAAGUUUGCCAAGCUGCAGUCUAUCUUUUCGAAAACCUAAUGUGUACUGCUAUUUUUAAAACCAAAAAGACAGCAUGACUAUGCGUAAAAGCAUUUUUCUUAGCCUUUCCUUUGUCUUGAUCAGUUGUUAACAAGAAUAAAACUGCCAGACUUAAAAUAUUCUACUAUUGUGCUAAAAGAAAUACAAUUUAGGUUGCACAGAAGUUUUCCUUUAAAGAAAAUAGAACUCAGCUGUCCUUCAGAAGAGUUAUCUGUAAGACUAUUUGCAGUCUUUUUUCACAGCAAAUUUUAACAGUUAUGAAUGGUUUAAAAAGUAGAAAAUUACUAAAACAUUUGGGGGGUUUUAUAGAGGGAGGAAAACAAAACAGGACCAAAGUUUAUGUGCCUUCUUCAGUAGUCUUAAUUGACCUUUUCUUCCUAUUUGAGACUAAGGUAGUAUCAGUAUUCUGGUUUUCAGGAAAUAUGUACUAUAUCGUUUUAAAAGAAUGUUAUCCCACAGACUAUUCAUACAAGCAAAGAACUGUAACUGUAUAAAUGAAGUCUCAGUUACACUUUUGCCUUUAUCACAUAAUAUUCAUUCUAUAGCAUUGUGCAGGUCCAAGAAUGAGCUGCUCUACAUCUUUGUGGUAGUCGUUUUAGUUUUUGUAACCUGAGGCAUAUGUUCCAGAGAACAGGGAUAUUUGUCUGGUCCAGUGACCUUGGUGAUAAUAGUCAUGAUUGAAAGCUGCUUAUAGCAAGCUUAAGUCAGCACUGUAAACAGAUUUUGUUGUGUUGUUUUCAGUUUUUGAAUCUAUGUAGUAGUUGUAUUAACAAAUAUUUAAAUAGAUAUUUUUGAUGUCAUUUAAAAAAAAUGCUCUGGCCUUUUUUCCCCUUACCAUUGUUACCCAGAUCUUUUAAAAAUUCAUCCCACAUCCAGAAAGUACUAAUUAUGGAUUGCUGACCAAGCAAAGUUUUGCAUCAAAAUGUCACCUCAUUGCUCUGACCAAAGACUUACUGUUCUGGUUUUAACUCCUCUCGUUAAGCAUUUUUUCCCAAGCUCCUUUCUGAAAGAAGACCCAGUGCAAAGCGGCCUUUACUUUCUAUUUCCUAUUGGUGAAUAGACUACUUAGAGAAAAUGGGAGUAUAAAUGUGAACAGAAUGGAUUUAGGAUGACAAGGGUUUGAUGGGCAUUUUCAGUACUGUAUUUAAGAAAAAAAAAAUAGCACAGCUAGGAGCCUCUGACAUUGUCUUGUGUUUUAUGUGGUCUGUUCAUAAAAUUCCCUUUUUCAGUUUAUAAGAAUGUUCAUCUAAAAGAAGAAGAUGCUGUAAAUAUUUGUAACAACAUUUUUUUUAACCAGGCCAAAAAAGAAAAAAAAAAAAGGUUUUUGGGAACAAGUUAACAUAUAAAGUGGUUUUAUAUAAAACAUCAAUUGUCUUGUAUAUUUUGAUAAGCAGCAGUACCAGCUUUCAUUUGUAACACAGUUUGUGGCGUUGGAAGAAAAGGAUUCUGUGAUUGUUUAAGUGAAUUAUGUUAUAAAUGCAAAGAGAAGAUAAAAUAUUAAAAAACAUAUUUUCUAAAUG